CUAUCUUCUUCAGUUCUUCGCCAUUGUCGUCGGCUUUGUAGUUCCUACGCACCAAAUACGCACCGCUUUUAGAAACCCUAAACUCCACGCCACAGAAUGGCAGGUGGUUCCUAUCCAAAAUCCUCCUACCACAGACCACCACCACCCUCCUCCUCCUUUUCACAUCGAAAAUCCCGCUGGGAAUCUUCAUCCGGCGCCGCCACCACCUCUAAAAACAAUAGUAGUAGCAGCAACAAGCCACCGGAUCCCAAAUCCUCCGAUCCGAAGCACAAUAAACCGCCCUCAAACCCGGCCACUCCCAAGCCAGUCGCAACCCAGAGCCCUGCUGCUCACUCCCAGCCCGUCGCCACCGGCCAAGGCCAACACCCGCACCCUCCUCAUGUGGGCCCAUUUCCCUUUCCUGACCUCGCCGUGGCCCUUAGACCACCGCCUCCGCCGUCCUACGGCUUCCACGUAUUGGAACGCCGCACUAUUGCUCUCGCCGAUGGCAGUGUCCGCUCUUACUUCGCCCUCCCUCCCGGUUACCAGGAUCUUCCACACCCGUUGCCUCGCCCCAUGCUUGGCGUCCCCGAAAUGGGGGCUUACGGCCGGUUCCCACCUAAUGCACCAAUGAGUCCUGGUGGGUUACGGGACAAUAGGGACAGCUGGAAUCCGAUGGUGGGCCCGGGAGAAGGGUCGUCCAAGAGGAAAUACAGGGCGGAGGAAGAGAGGCCAAAGCAGUUCUUUAACCCAAAUGGUUAUCCGAUGGGGCCUGGCCCAGACCAUUUCUCUGCGGGAACAGGUAGCCAUUUCGGUAGGGGAAGGGACGAAAUGAGGGCGCCCAAGUAUAUGAGAACCGAAGCAGAGCAUGGAAAUGUGAAGACUAAGCAUCUGGAGGUAGACCAGGCUGCGCUAAAGAAGGCGGUCCUGCACUUCGUAAAGAUUAUCAAUGAGAACGUAGGUCAGAGGAGGACUUACUUGGAGGAUGGGAAGCAAGGGCGGAUUCAAUGUGUUGCCUGUGGCAGGUUGUCUAAAGAGUUUCCAGAUACCCAUGGUCUUAUAAUGCAUGCAUACAACUAUAAUAAUGCCAACUUGCUUGUGGAUCACUUGGGUUUACACAAGGCUCUUUGUGUAUUGAUGGGGUGGAACUACUCAAAGCCUCCUGAUAACUCAAAAGAGUAUCAGUUGUUACCUGUUGAUGAAGCAGCAGCAAACAAGGAUGAUCUGGUUAUGUGGCCGCCUAUGGUGAUAAUUCAUAACACAAUCACAGGGAAGGGUAAAGAAGGCCGCAUGGAAGGUUUAGGAAACAAAGCAAUGGAUAGCAAAAUAAAAGAUCUUGGAUUCGGGAGUGGCAAAUCAAAGUCCUUGUAUGGAAGAGAUGGCCAUUUGGGUGUUACUCUCAUAAAGUUUACUGGUGACGAGUCAGGUCUGAAAGAGGCUUUGCGGUUUGUAGAAUACUUUGAGAAGGAUAAUCUUGGACGCAAGGAUUGGGCUCGUCUGCAGCCAUUGACAUUAGGCAAGGAUGACGAGAAAAAUCCGAAGCUUGUGAAGGUGGAUGAGAGGACUGGGGAGAAAACAAGGAUAUUAUAUGGCUAUCUUGCAACUGCUACUGAUCUGGACAAGGUAGAUUUUGACACAAGAAAAAAGGUUGUGAUUGAGAGCCAAAGGGAAAUCCAAACACUCAAGUAGAUCUUGGGUAACUUUAAAAGAAGACUUGCUUUGUGGAUAAAGGCCUCACCCUUAAUAGGGCAUGGAUUGCUUUGGGCUUUGGAGAACAAUUUAGGAAUGUAAAAGCAAAAUAGCUUCUAUUUGGUGGUGAGGACUUAAGAAUGGCUUUAUGGGGACAAUCGGCUGGGCUCAUUAGUCAUCAAGCGCAAGGCAUGUUCAGAAAUUACUGGAUUGAAGGUCUUCUGGCCAAGUAUUGGGAAAUAGCAAUGGGACAGCUGUUUUCUGAUGCACCCUUGUGACAAUUCAAGACGAGGAUCAGAUUAUCUCAAGAACAUCUGAGACCUCAUAGUUAAAAAAGUCGUAAGAUGCUGAGAUCUAACGGAGUUUAUUUUUCUGAGUUGUUAUUUAUCACGUAGUUAUUCUUUUUUUUCAUUUGAACAGAAAGAAAGAUCAUGUGGUACUACAUCACUGCAUGCAUCUUGUAUGCUAUGGUUUAUGGACUUAAUCUGGAAUGGAGUCCUCAGAUCUAGGUUUGUCUUAAUUCUUAUUGUACUCUUCUGUGCGACUGUACCCUAUGCACCUAGUGGUGUGGAAGGAAACACGGUGCGAUCACUAAAAAGAAGUUAGUAUUUUCUUUAGAUUUGAGUGGUUUGAUAUUGGCUUUAGCAUUUGAUCAUGAAGAGAUGCUUCUUACUUAUAUGCAAGGUUUGUUGCAGACCUUGAGAA